UUGGGUCUAGUCCUAAACUCCUAGCAGCUCAGCUCUAUCUUUCAGGUGUGUUAUUGGACCUAUCUUAACGUUAGUGUAAGCAUCUAACUUGAUGUUUCUAUAGCUGGAAUAAAGUACGUACGCUGUGUAGUUUCUCCUUUCGCCCUCACAAUUGAACCCUCUCUGAACUGAAGCCCCAGAUUUUCAGCUCAGCCCCAGUCUUAACUAUUCUAGCUUGGGGUUUACUUCCAACAACCCCCGUAAUAGGAAAAUAGAGUGCUUAUCUAACUGCCCAGACAAUUAUGUAUGUUAGUAUUUCUUGGUCUUGGUUGUGGAGUUUAGCCUACUACAAUGUGCCUUAUGUAGUAAUAAACGAUCGCCAACGGCAUGAGCAACACUGAACUCAUUUUGACUCAUCUUUAUGCGUCAGGAAACUGAGAUACUUGGCAGCUGUGCCGCAAUCCUGACCAUAUACGGAUUGCUCGCAAACGAAUUGAAUUGAAUUUAUAAUUCCAAGGUACCGGUAGGCAUAAAUAUCAUGAAUCUAGAACUUGAUUUAAAGACAACGGAUAUAAAGCGUAUCUUUAAAUUCAUCGAAAGGAAACCAGAAAGAAAGGCCAAUUGCGAUUGAAAUUAGGAUGGCUGAUAAUCCUGAAUUAAGCGAGGAUGAACUCGUUGAGUUGUCUCUCUUACGCGACUUCGAGAUCGACGAACUUAUCAAAGCUGGACUAAUAAAUCAAGAGAAUCAACUCAAAACACCAUUGGAUCAGGAGCUUAUAUUUGAGCAUGAAGAAUUGAUCCUUCAUGUCACGGCCGGCCCCUUUUAUCCAGCUAUGUCGGUCACCUGGAAGGUUGAGAAUACGACGUUGCCAAGGAAAAUGGUAGACGAGCUCCGUGCACAACUGAGACAGAUCGCAGAGGCCGCAGAGACUACCAAUAAUAUCUCGAAAUGGAGGGGGAGAGAAGAAAGCGAAUUUGGGGUCUUCGAGCCGACGAUGGCGGUUUUAGAGCUUGCCACGAAGACGAACGGCUAUCUGAAAGCAUGGCGUAAAUCAACAGCGAACGUUCAGCGCGAAAAAUCAUAUCUCCCCUUUGAGACGAAAAUCGAGACGCUUGAGAAGCCAGCCAUGACAAUUAGCGACAUGGGAUACCAUUACCUACAAAAGACGCCCAAGGAAAUCUGUUCUCAGAUUCCUUCUAAUUAUCGGAUUAUUCAUGUCGAAGAGGUUCUAAGGGUUGACCUAGUCCAUAGAUUCCAUGAGAAGCAGAGGAAGAUGAGAAAUGAGCUGUCAAAAAUAGGGAUGAACCAUCUUCGCAGGCAUGUGCCGCCCAAUAUGCAAAGCAUUGGACGGAAGGAUGUGUGGUUAGAUCAUCUCGUGAAGCCGCAUGUGACUUUUCACGGGACUGCAAGACAGUUUGUACCAUCCAUUGUGCGACAUGGAUUUCUUCAGCCCGGGAAAAGGAAGCCAGGCACGAAUGAGCAACACGAGGUUCGAUGCGGCUCGACAUAUGGUAGGGGGAUCUACAGCUCCCCAAACCCAGAAUUCUCGCUUUCCUACACUGAUACCACAUGCCACGCCACUAAGCCAAACGAGUAUUUCGGCAUCAAGCUGAUCGUCUGCGCCACGCUGAUGGGUCGGGCGGCUAGCAUAACUCGGGAUGACAAUUGGCGUACUCAAACCGAGUCCUACCCCGGAUCCGACUCUCACAUAGCAAACCGUGACCUUGAGUAUAUUGUUUUUGACACCGCGCAGAUACUCCCGGUGUAUGUGAUUCACAUAGAUUGGGGCCAAGACAAUGCCGAGCACUUUGAGGGUUUACCUAGAGAUCCGAAUGACUUCGUCCCCAUCCCGAAAAAGAGACACGCGAAACUGUUAGAGGAUAUUCGCUGGCCCGGAGAUGUGAAGCGCGAAAGGGCGGCUACCUUUGCCAGAGCGACUAAAUGGUUCCCGUAUGGCUACGGACCCUCAACCGGAGCGAGGUUUGUCGUGGAGGAGAUAGGGGACGUUGACGAAGAUGAAGAGGACUACGGAGAUUACCAGAACCUUCGAAUAGAGGGUAUCAAGGAUAAGAGUAAUUUGGACUUCUGGAGCUGGGUUAAAGUUGGCGUGGAUAUGGAUGUCGCCGGAAAAGGCGACCCCGCGGGCGAAUAUACCAAGCAACGCUUUUGGCAUGCCCCUGAGGCUUUAGGCAUUGGUGAUAUGUGGGAUGACCUUCCUGAUCCUAGGAAGGAGAGUGAUGAUGAGAAACAUGAUUGGGACGAUGAUGGUGGUGAUUUAGGUCUGGAUCUAAUGAUGCUUUAACGAGUUAGGAGUUAGGAUACCCGUUACU